AUGAAAUCAAUAUACAUUAAAGUUUUAUCAAUAUUUGUUACUUAUCAAAUCUGUUUUUUACUUUGGCAUAUUAUCAACAAUUCAACAUCGAAUCAACAAAUUGAUUUAAUUACAACAAAAAGCGCUUCUAUUCCUUUGAAAUUAACAUCAGCAACCAAUUUUCCUAAUGUAAAAACGCAUAAACCAAUUGAAAUUCAAGGUAACAAAACGAUCAAUCCGUUGCCUGCUAUUGCUAACAAGAUCAUAACUUCGGAUUCCGAAGUUAAGCAAAUCUCUUAUAGACUUGAACCAUUUACAAUGAAAUUACCGAACUUCUUUGACAAUGAUUCUCGUCAUUGGUUUGUAAACUCAACUUAUUAUCGAAUGUAUUCAAAGAAAUGUUUAAAUAAUAAUUGUGAACUUUAUGGAUUUUAUUAUAAUAAUUCAAAAGAACAUUUGGAUGUUCACAUCGCAUUUGUGAAUAAAGGUGUUUAUCACAAUGAUUUAUGUGGUUUUGGUUAUAAUGAAAAAGCCUUUCGACGAAGUUUUCUGUCAAAAACAGAUGUUUCAGUUGUUUAUGAUGAGAUUCUCAUUUAUACAGUUCCGGAUGGAUGGAGUUUUCAACAUUUUCUUGAUGGAAUUGGACCCAAACUAUCACAUUCUCGAAAAUAUUUAGAUCUUUAUCCGAAUUCGAAAGUUUUAAUAAUUCGAGGUUUAAGAUUUGAUCGUUCUGUGAAAGAAAUUUGGAAAUUACUCGGUGUAGAUGAAUCAAAUCGAAUAAUUCAUUAUAAUCCACCACUCAAAAUUGGUGCAAAUCUCUUAAUAAACCCAUGUCGAACACCAGCUACUCAUCCAAGUCUUUGGCAAAAUGCCCGAGAUAUUUAUUGGUCGUUUAUUAACAAAACAAAUUCGAAAUCAAAUCUUUUAAUUUAUCUUCAAAGAACAAGAUCAAAUGCAAAAAAUCCUGGACGAAUUAUUUUAAACGAACAAGUUGUUAUUGAUUAUCUUCGUAAUUUUGCUAAAAAGAAAUCUUUAGUUUAUGUUCAAUAUGAUCAUUCAAAUCAUAUUGAAAAUAUUCAAUCGCAAAUUGAAUUAUUUUCACGUGCAAAAAUUAUUUUCGGAAUUCAUGGUGGAGCUUUAUCAAAUAUAAAUUUUGCUCAAUCGAAUACUUUUAUUAUCGAAAUUAUGCCUUUUAGACAAGAUAAACCUUCAUUACCUAUUGUUUGUGCAAAUUCUGAUCCAAAUUUACUUCAACCAUGUGUUGGUUACAUUUACUAUGUACAAUCACAAUUAUUAAACCAAUCUUAUUGGAUUUUACCAACUGUUGUUGAUAAAAAAAGUAAUGUUAAUGUAAACAUGACAAAACUUGAUUUGCUCUUUAAUUCUUUAUCUAUUCAGAAUUAA